AUGGCCAGUGUGUCUGCCCCAAGGAUACCUGUGGGUUUGAUUGCAAGAAAUGCCAACACCCCAAGCAGUGUGUAUACGGUCAAUGUGUCUGCCCUAAAGAUACUUGCGGACCAGACUGCAAGAGGUGUCCCCCAGGCAAAGAAUGCAAGAACGGCCAAUGCGUCUGUCCAAAAGAUACAUGUGGAAAUGACUGCAAGAAGUGUCCACACCCUAAACAGUGUAUCUAUGGCCAAUGCGUUUGUCCAAAGGAUACUUGCGGCUUUGAUUGCAAGAAGUGUGAAGACCCUAAGAAAUGUAUCAAUGGCCAAUGUGUUUGUCCAAAAGAUACCUGCGGUUCCGAUUGCAAGAGAUGCGAGCACCCUCGAGAGUGUAAAAAUGGCCAAUGCGUUUGUCCAAGUGAUACCUGUGGGCAUGACUGCAAAAAGUGCGAGCAUCCCAAGAAGUGUGUGUAUGGUCAAUGUGUCUGCCUUCCAGGAACAUGUGGCAAGGACUGCAGAAAGGUAUGUUGUGAAUGAACCCUAA